AAUAAAUAAAUUUAAAUGAAAAUAAUACAUAAAACAUACAAUAACUUCUAUUAUAUACUUUUAUUUGAACAUUUAAGUAGUAGUUCGAUUAGGUUAAGGUUAGUUUUUUGACAUGUUUAACGGCCAUCAAACUAAUGGUGCAUCGUCCUUAUAUUACAAUACAAAUAAUUCAACAAAUAAUGAACAUAUAACACGAGCAUCACUAUGUAAUUUAGUAAAUACAUGUUAUUUAAAUAGCGUAUUAUAUACGUUACGCUAUGCACCCGGUUUCUUACGUAAAGUGCAUCAUCUAGUUACCGAUUUACAUCAGCUGAAUGCAAUUUUAUAUCAAACAAAACACAAGAGUUCGUCGUUAGGACGUAACAUACCAAGUUUAACUGGUUCAAGUUCGAGAAGUAAUAGUAGCAAGGAUUUGUUAUCGUUGGGUAAUGUACGUAAUAAUGAUGCCGCAACGAGCAAACCCGAUUUUCAAGUUAUUAUUGAUGAAUUACAUGAUUUGUAUUUAACGAUGCAUAAUCUGGAGGUACGUGAUAGUUCUGAGCCAUGUGGUCCACGAGCAUUUAAACAUGCAUUUGUUAAUAAACAUAAAGCGUUUAGUGGCUCACAGCAACAAGAUGCUCAUGAGUUUUUAAUGUGUUUACUGAGUUCGAUUGGUGAUACGUGCCAGCUGAUGACGAAAAAGAUCAAGGAGCUUCAAUAUCGCGAGAAUUUAUCAUGUUCUCGUAUAUCAGAAAAAGUACCAUCUUCAAAAGAAAAAACAUGGAGCGUACGUUCAUGGAAAAAACGUAAAAAUCAACUGGGUAAAGAUACAACCGGCAGUGGAGGUGAUCUAUCUGAUGAUACCACAAACAAUUCCGAAACAUUAGACUUCACAAAACUAUCAUUAAGUUGUAAAUUAAUCGAUGAUGAUUUCGAAGGUGUCAGCAUAUUACGCACACGUUGCUUAGAAUGUGAAUCCGUAACAGAACGUAAAGAAGUAUUUUGUGAUUUAUGCAUUCCAAUAAAUGGCGAUAUCGAAGAAGGUGAUCGAUAUGCAGCUGAAAAUAUAUUUAAAGACGCAACAGUAACCAGUGAAUAUUUAUCCGGUGCAAAUAAAUAUUAUUGUGAGAAAUGUUUUAGGUAUAAUGAGGCACGCCGGGAAGUAUGCUAUCAAAAGUUGCCACGUAUAUUAAUAUUUCAUUUAAAACGAUUUAUGUCGUCGGCAAAUGGUACGGAGAAAAUUAAUUAUUAUAUGCCAACACCGUUAGAGAUACCAUGUUUCUGUGAUGAAUGUUGCCAAUUAGGUGAUGGUAAUCAUAUUCACAUGUACACCUUAUUCAGUAUAAUUAUGCAUAAAGGUGCAACAAUGGCGGAAGGUCAUUAUGUGUCUUUUGUACGUGAUUUAACCAAUUAUAAUGAUUAUUUAAAUUGUGAUCUAGAUUAUGCGCUACCGAUUACAACAUCCGCAUCAAUUACAAAUAAUGAGAAAUCAACAAAUAAUCGUUUAAUAAAACAAACUCGAUUUUUUAAAACAAAAUCAUCCAGUGAUUGUGAGAAUAAUGGUGAUGGUAUUAUAUUGAUGAAAAAUCAUUCAUCAAGUGCUUCCACUGGUGGUGGUUCAACAUCGUCGAAUAGUAUUUGUCGUAGUUUACAAUGUUGUUCGAUUAAAACGGCUGGUACUAAAAAUAAUUGUAUUGAUUUUAAAAUGUCAUCAAUACAUACGUGGUUGGAGUGUAACGAUGAAAUUAUACGUACGUUCACAUCGAAAGAAUUUGAACAACAAUUAGCUGAUCAUAAAAAAGUGACAUCUACACCAUAUUUACUGUUUUAUGUUAGGUCAUCUGUUUAAAUCAUUAUUUAUAUACUCAACAAAAAAAUAUGUAUAGGAUGUUUUCUAUCUAAUACAGUAUUGCUUUUGGGCAAGUCAUAAUUAUUUGGCAAGUGGCUACUCUUUUUCUAACUUAUUACUGUCCGUGGUAACUGUUUCGCCUUAAAAGUGACGAAUUAAAAAAAUUUUCGGUAUAUCUCGCCGAGACUGAUUAGAUUUGAAUGAAAAAUAUAUCAUUCGAUAGCUUAUAAUUUGUAGUUUUUGAAUCAAUAUCUCAAACAUUUUUAUCAUCCGAGAGAUUUAUAAAGAAUAUUCUCACCAAAUUUCAAAGGAAUCGGUUGAGUAGAACUUGGGGUGCUAUGUCAAUCAUCUCGAAAAAUGCGUUUUACGUUUGAGCGACAAUUCAGACAUUAUUUUGCUUUGUGUGCGAAAAAUUCGGUGUUAAAAGCUUGUACAAGGAAAGCUUUUGAUUGAACAUACUCAUUUUCGUGCAGGUUUUUAAAGGUCAUAUCAAAUUUAUAAAUAAAUUUUCAGAGUUUCAGCCCAGCACAUAAUAUAUUAAGGGAUGAUAAAAAUGUUUGAGAUAUUGGUUCAAAAACUAGAAAUUACGAAAUGAAUGUAUGUAUUUCAUUCACAUCCAAUAAUUUUUCACCAAGAUAUACCUGUUUGAAAUUGCGAGAAAGUUUAAAAAUAAUUUUUUAAGUGCGCCACUUUUUUUGCGGGACAGAUCAAAUUAUUUUAAACAAUAUGGUCAGUGUUGAGUAAUUAACACGAAAUAGACAUCACAUAACUGACGUAAAAUUUGUAUGCAGUAAAAUUUCUAACAAUAUUUCUAAGAAAAUAAAUUGAAUUCUAAAUAAAUGAUAAUCAUUAAAAGUGGCAAUCUGUUACCAAAAAGUGUAGUCCACUAACCUGAUUUAUCGUGUAUCGCCUUUAAUUUAUAG